AUGGAGGCCUACAUCGAUGACAUGCUGGUAAAGAGUAAAGAUAAGUAUGACCACGCGUCUGACCUGAGACGGAGCUUUGAGAUCAUGAGAUAUAACCGGCUGAGACUCAAUCCGGCCAAAUGUACUUUCGCAGUCCAGACCGGGAAGUUUCUCGGGUUUAUGAUGACAAGGAGAGGAAUCGAGCCGAACCCCGCGAAAGUGAAGGCGAUAAUCGACAUGAGGCCGCCGGCCACGGUUAGAGAAGUUCAACAGCUAACUGGUCGACUGGCCGCCCUGAGCCGCUUCCUCUCGAAACUUGCUGAGCGGGCACACCCGUUCUUCCAGACACUGAAGAAGACAUCCGCCUUCAUGUGGACUGAUGAGUGUCAACGGGCUUUCGAAAGUUUGAAAGAGUACUUGGCCUCACCGAUAGUGUUGUCCAGGCCGGAACCUGGUGAAGAGUUGCAGAUUUAUCUCUCCGCAUCAGACCGCGCUAUCAGCGCAGUGCUCUGCCGAACCGACCCUGAAGGGGUGCAACGCCCGGUUUAUUACAUCAGCCACGCUCUCCAGGGCCCUGAACUGCGGUAUACCCGGCUGGAGAAGGUCGUAUUCGCGUUGUACACGACCGCGAGGAAGUUAACGCCAUACUUUCAAGGCCGGGUGAUCCGGGUGCUCACCGAUCAACCGAUAGGGGCCAUACUCCGGACGACCACUUCCUCCGGUCGGUUAAUUAAGUGGGCAAUGAUGUUGACCCAGUUCGCAAUCGAAUACACGCCGAGACCGGCCAUCAAAGGACAAGCCGUAGCAGAUUUCGUCGUAGAAUGUUCAGCACGUGACAGCACCACCCCGGUGACCUCCGACGAUGCCCCGGUGGAAUGGGAAAUUGCAACAGAUGGGUCAAGCUGCAAGCAGGGCGCCGGCGCUGGUAUAGUUCUUACCAGCCCGGAGGGCUUCAAAGUUUACUACGCCCUGUCGCUUGCUUUCUCACCGACCAACAAUGAAGCGGAGUACGAGGCCUUCAUAGCUGGCCUGCGACGCGCCCGCUCUCUGGGGGCUCGGCAUGUGAGGAUCCGGACUGACUCAGCCCUAGUCGUCGGACAGGUCACCGGCGCUUUCGAAACAAAAGGGGAACGGUUAGCCCGGUACCGCGACUACGCUUUAUCCGUUAUGGGAUCGUUUGACGCUUGCAGAGCCGAGCACAUUCCACGGGCCGAGAAUGCGGAUGCGGACAUGUUAUCCCGACUAUCGCACGAGGCUCCGGAAUAUAUAUCGAAGGUCGCCCGGGUGGAAGAGCUGCAGACUGCUUGCGUGGAUGCGCUUCCCGUGAUACCGGUCAAUACAGAAACGGAUGAUUGGAUCACCGACCUCCGUUCAUAUUUAGAGACCGGGACCUUACCAGAGAAUGAGCAGAGAGCCAGGAAAGUAAAGCUGCGAGCUCCUCGUUUCCAGAUAGUCGACAAUCGCCUUUACCGGCGGUCUUAUGGAGGGCCGCUGAUGAGAUGUCUAACCCGCUUUGAGGCCAAAAUCGUGAUGGCCGAGCUGCAUUCCGGACUUUGCUCUGCCCAUCAGGGGGGCCGGGCCUUGGCAAGAAGAAUAAUGCUGAUCGGCUACUAUUGGCCAUCGAUCCAAUNGGAAUCGAGCCGAACCCCGCGAAAGUGA